GAAGUACACAACCAUUUAUUGAAACUUAAUCGAUAUGACGACACAUACUUUAUAAAUGAAGGCUGCAGUGUUUUGAACCGCCAGUUGCAAUCUAUACACCUGCGAGACGUUCGGCUACAGUGGGAGCCAACGUAGGCGUGGAAGUCAUCUAAAUAUUGUAUAAACACUGUUGUUGUAUUAUACUUGUGUCGUAAGUGUUUCGAGUGAGUGUCAUCGAUUACAUAAAAUGCCUUGUCCUUUCUUAGGAUCAAUGAAUCAAGCCUUCGUGCGAAAUUACGGCAGCGUACUGGUGAAACAGUAUGGGAAUUUCUGCCCUAUAUUUUCACGAGGUUUUCGCACGCUCGGGGUUGAUGAAACAAAAUGCCCUUUCAUUCAGAAGAACUCGAUCAUCUCCGAGGCACCGAAGGAGAUGACCGAAGACAUCGUGGAGAGCGUGAACACUUACAAAUAUGAUAAAUUCUUCAGUGAACAAAUUAAUGCGAAGAAGAAGGAUUACUCCUACCGUAUAUUCAGAAAGGUGUCUCGCUUGGCGGCCGACGGCUUGUAUCCGCAAGCUUUAGAAGGAGCCGAGAACCGCCGUGUGACUGUGUGGUGUGCUAACGAUUACUUGGGAGCUUCGCGCCACCCUGCUGUACAAGAUGCUGCUAUUUCUGCUAUCAAGUCCUAUGGAACGGGUGCAGGUGGUACUCGCAAUAUUGCUGGCAACUCACAAAUGACUGAAAAACUCGAAUCUGAAAUAGCCAAUCUACACAAAAAACCAGCAGCUUUAAUUUUUAGUUCCUGCUUUGUCGCUAAUGAUGCGACUCUCUCUACUUUAGCUAAAAUAUUACCUGGUUGCAUCAUUUACUCUGAUGCUGGCAACCAUGCCUCGAUGAUACAAGGAAUAAGAAACAGCCGGGCACCUAAACAUAUAUUUAGACACAAUGACCCGAGUCACCUAAGAGAAUUAUUAUCUUCAUCACCAGCCGGUGUGCCAAAACUAGUCGUUUUUGAGACUGUCCACUCUAUGAGUGGAGCUAUUUGUCCCCUAGAAGAAAUGUGUAACAUAGCUCAUAAAUACGGAGCUCUGACUUUCGUAGAUGAAGUCCAUGCUGUUGGCUUAUAUGGAAAACACGGUGCCGGGAUAGGUGAAGAGAGAGGCGUCGAAAACCUCAUCGAUAUUGUCUCUGGUACACUGGGUAAAGCCUAUGGAAACGUCGGAGGCUACAUAGCUGGAUCGUCUCUACUGGUAGAUACUGUGAGAUCGCUGGCUCCAGGGUUCAUAUUCACGACGGCACUCCCACCGCCCGUGCUGGCUGGCUCUCUGGCGGCUAUAAGGCUGCUGGCGAGCGAGGAGGGCAGAAACAUGAGAGCCAAGCACCAGGCUAUCGUCCGCUACUUGAAGCUCUCGCUGCUGGUGGCCGGACUGCCGCAGAUGCCGUCCGUGAGCCACAUAGUCCCCGUGCCGAUAACGGGAGCGGAUAAGGUGGCUCUCGUGGCCGAGUCCCUGAUGAAGCGCGGCCACUACGUGCAAGCCAUCAACUACCCGACGGUGGCCCGCGGCGAGGAGCGCCUGCGGUUCGCGCCGGGUCCGCACCACACGCCGGAAAUGAUCGACAGCCUCAUUACUGCCCUCAUCGAAUCAUUCCACGAAAACAAUAUAAACUUUAACCAGUUCAUGGUGAACGGCGCCUGUCGCGAGUGCAGUAUGGAGUACAAGGUCGACAUCGCCUACGAGGAGCCCUUCAAGUAUCCCAUAGCCGCGUAAACGCAUAAAAUAGAUGAAUACUUAUACCUAAUCGAGCAGACAGCUGACAUAAUUUAAAAAAAAAGGAAUGUUAAAAUAUUGCAAAGUUUAUUUGAGUCGUUAUUUAUGGUUUGUGGUUUAAAGGUAGGGGUUAUUAAAACAAUCAUAUCGUA